CCAUUUUCAUUUUCCAUGUUCAUAGGCGGGAGAAGAUUUGCGGUAGAUAAAAUACAUUUUUAUUAUGCCAUAUCGUGUUAAUAUUCUAUGAAAACUGAAAAGUAUUUUAUAAAAUAUAUGCAUAUAUAAAGUUUGUGCAAAAAGACAUAUAUAGUAGUUCGUAAAAUAAAAUCGAUUAACAACUUAUACGGCGUGUAUGUUUUUGGUUGUAAAUGCGGUAUACAACUUUCAAUUUUCAUGAACUUUAAAUAUUUUUAAAUAAUUGAGUUGUACUCGAAAAUAUAUAUAUCCUCGAGAUGGAUAUUGCAAAGUUGGAAAAAAUGAAAGUGGUUGAUUUAAGGAACGAGUUGCAAACCCGUGGCCUAGAUACCAAAGGUGUUAAAGCGGUAUUGAUAGAAAGACUUCGUGCACAUAUUGACGGCGGUAGCGGGGAAGGAGGUGUGAUCCCAGGCACUCCAGGUACUCCGGGCAGACGCAGUCGACGUACAAGAUCAAUGACUCGAUCACCUUCACCAUCCCCAGUAAAAGUAACUGAGCAGUUGGAGCCUCUAGAAGAAGAAGAAUCAAAUUCUGCAGCUGUUAACUCUGAUGCUGAAGAAGAAUUUGAGAGCCCAAUUGAAGAUGUGGUGGCUGAAGCUCCAGAAGAUGAACCUUAUACUACAGAGCAAGUUGAAGAAGAAAGUAAUGAAGUGGAGGAAACUGAUGAUAUUGAAAUGAAUGAAGAACAAAUAAUUGAAAAUGUCAAUGACGACGAAGAUAGUGAAAUGCACGAUAACAACACUAACGAUAGAGUAGAAGAGACCAUUUUAAGUGACAACAUGGAAGGAACUAAUGAACAAGAAGUGGGUACUGAGAAACCUAAAGAACAUGAGGAAGAAAAUACUGCUGCAGAAAUUGAAGAAAAUGUAACUUCAGAUGAAAUUAAAAAAGAUAUUUCUUCACAUGAGAUCAAAGAAAAUAUUCCUUCACAUGAAAUUAAAGAAAAAAAAUCUAUGGAGCGUGACCCAACUCAGUCAAGAAAACGAUCGCGUGAUCAUUCUAGAUCGCAUUCACGAACCCGUUCGCGCUCUCCAAAACGCCGUAGUGAGGAAAGCCCUAAUGCAAGUCCUAUUAAAGCAGAAGAAAUCACCAAUCUUGAAGAUGAGCCUACAACUGAGGAUAAGCAAUUUGGUUUAAGUUGGUAUGAUUCGGACUUACAUCUGCGCAUUGAUCCAGUUACUUUCACAUCAGCAAAACCUAUGACACAUGAAAUUUAUUCACUGGUUUGGUCAGGAGUACGUACUAAUUAUGGGGUUCGUGAAGGAAAAGUUUGCUUUGAAGUGCGUCUUGCUGAAGAAAUAGUUAUGAAUCGUUCUCAUCAAUUUCGUAAUGAACCCCAUGUGCGAGGAUUUCGUGUUGGUUUUUCGAUGCCACACUCAAGUCUUAUUCUUGGAGAAGAAGAAAAUUCGUUUGCUUAUUGUGAAACUGGACGCAAAGCUGUAAACUCUGACUUUACCGAUUACAGUAAACCUUAUAAAUUAGAUGAUGUCAUUGGAUGCUAUUUAGAUUUGGAAAGUACACCAUGCACAAUAAAGUAUACAUUAAAUGGGGAAGAUCUUGGUGUUGCGUUUGAGUUUGAUAAAACGAUUUUAGGCGAAAGUAAUGCUCUCUUUCCACAUAUUGUAACAAAAGGUUAUGAAUUUCAUGUUAAUUUCGCUGAUAAUGAAAACCUUUUGGCUAAUGUUGUACGUCCAACGCGCAUGCGUCGUAAGAUACGUAAAUCUACUUUAAAUGACAAUGCUGAGAAUAGCGAAGUUCACGACGAAGAAAAAAUGGAUGAAGCUGAAAAACUAAAUGGAACUAAUAAAGACAAACAAACAGAAAUAGAAAGUGAUGAAAAAACAGAUGUUAUUUCUACAGAAACUACAGAAGUUAUCACUAAUAUGGAAGUUGAAAUAAAUAAGGAUAAUAAAAAUACUGAAGAUUUCGAUGGUGAAAAUAAUUCUAACUCUGUUGCUGUAGUCUCUACUCCUGUAAAUGAUGGUGAUAAUAAUAAAAUUGAAGAAUCAGAAAAUUCAGAAAAAACAAAAUCGGAAGAAGAUAAAGAUGAUGGACCUUCACCAACUAAACGAGCAAAAGUUGAAGACAAAGAUAAAGAAAAAGAUAAAUCAAAUCAAAGUGAGAUAUCUGAGGAUGAAUAUGAAGAAGUAUUACCAGAACCUCGCGAUCCGGUGCUCUUAUUACCAGAUUAUGAGCUAAUAGCACUUAUCCCAGAAGAAAACUAUAUUUCCGGUCCUCAGAGGCCUGAUAGUCGCAAAGAAUGUGAAGUUAUAUUACUUGUUGGUUUACCAGGAGCUGGCAAAACUCACUGGACUCUUAAUCAUGUUAAAGAAAAUCCUGAUAAACGAUAUCACGUUAUUGGAAUUGAUGCCUUAAUAGCAAAAAUGACAGUCGAUGGUGCUCACCGUAAACCCCUGCAUAAAGGUCGUUGGGAAAAGGUUUAUGAUUUAGGCAUAAACAGUUUGUCUUCGUUAGAAGAUAUCGCAACGAAACGUCGUCGUAAUUUUAUACUUGAUCAGACAAAUGCUUAUGCCUCGGUGCAACGGCGAAAAAUGAAAGGUUUUGGCGACUUCAAACGUAUUGCAGUUGUUUGCAUACCAAAUGAAGAAGAAUUAAAACGGCGCACCACUGAGAAAUCUGAAAAAGGAAAUGCUAAUACUAUAAGAGAAUCAACACUUAAUAACUUACGAGCCAAUUUCUCUUUACCAUCACUUGAGUUUGAUUGGUUUGACGAUAUUAUCUAUACUGAUUUAAAUGGUGAUGAGGCAAAGGAAGAGGUUAAAAAAUACAAUGAAAAAGGCAAAAAGGAAUUAGAUGCAAAUCCUUCUAGUCGCGAUAAGCGUAAUCGCCGUGAUCAUCGUUACAAACGAGAUGAUGAUCGCCGUCGUUAUAAUGAUCGUCGACAUGAUUUUCGUAAUGAUAACAGACGUAACGAUCGUUAUAGUAAUGAUCGCCGUCGUGAUUUCCGUAACGAUAAUAGACGAAAUGACAGACGUGGUGGUAGCUUAGGCGGUGGUUGGGGCGGUGGUAACCAACAGAAUUGGAUGCAAAAUAAUCGAUCUCGCUAUGAUGAUCGUUAUAAUAAUCAUCGCUCAGGUGGAAAUAGUGGCAACCCGCAAAAUUGGGGAGGGCAGAAUCAACGUAACCGUUAUGAUGAUAGAUAUAAUCAUCGUUCUGGUGGUAAUACUGGCGGAGGACGUUAUGAGUCUUAUGGUGGUGGUGGCGGUGGUUCACGUGAUUAUCGCGACCGCAAUAAUCGUCAGCAACGGGAUUUUCGGCCAGGCCACCGCGACAAUCGCACAGAAGAUAGUCGCGGUGGCUAUGAUAGAUCAACAGCAUCUUCGUCAAAACAUACGAAAGAUGGCUAUGAUCAAUAUAGCAGCAACAAAUCGACUGGAGGAAAGAGCUCCAGUCAAGGUGGUAAAUGGAGCACUUAUGGUCAACAAGCUGCACAGCAACAAACGCAACAGCAUGCUAAUUGGAAUCAAUCCAAUCAAUAUCAACAACAACAACAACCAGCAGUUCAACAACAACAAUAUUAUAAUUAUAAUAAUAUGCCAGGAUAUGACAGUCAACAACAGUGGCAAAAUGCCGCUAAUCCCAAUCAACAACAGGAUUGGAUGGCUUGGUGGCAGCAACAAGGUGGCAAUCCACAACAGCAACAGCAACAGCAAAGUGGUGUCAGCGAAACAAAUCAAUAUUGGUCUCAAUAUUCGUACCCAACACAAUCAACUCAAGUUGCCAGUACAACAGAAGCUACCAAAAAGAAAUAAGUAUAGUACAAGAAUUUAUAUAUAUUGAGCGGUUGUUAAUGCUGUCUCCGAAAGCCCAUCAAAAAUAUGUUGUAAAAAUAAAUAUUUUAAAUUUUAAUUAAAAAUAUUAAUUACAGUUUUUAAAUCGUAAAGCAAUUUUGAUUAAUUGAAAUAUAAAGAAUAGUAUAUCUUACUUAAUUAGUUGUACUAAAUCAAUACAAGUAAGUUUUAAAUAUGAACAAAUUA